UCACUUCACUGCUUCUGCUUUAGCCUCUUUCUCUCUCUAGGGUUUAUCUCCUCCAGCGAAUUAGGAUUACGCGGCUAGGCUUCGAACUCGAGGCAAGCAAAUCCUCGAGCAAUAAUGGCGUCGGUGCAGCUCUGCGGUGCCGCGGUUGCCGCGGCGUCCUUCUCCAGGAAGGGAGCGGCAUCACUCGAGGUGCUCCGCGUCCCCACGCCGGCGGCCGGAGGGGCCCGCCCGGCGCGGCGGGCGUUCCGCGGCCUCGUCGCUAGGGCCGCCACCGUAGUCGCCCCCAAGUAUACAACGCUCAAGCCCUUGGCCGACAGACUGCUUGUAAAGAUUAAGUCUGCUGAGCAGAAGACGACAGGUGGAAUUUUGCUCCCUUCGACAGCCCAAUCUAAACCUCAGGGGGGUGAGGUAGUUGCCAUUGGAGAGGGAAGAACCAUUGCGGAUAACAAAGUUGAAGUCAGCAUUCAGGUUGGAGCUCAGGUUGUAUAUUCCAAGUAUGCUGGAACAGAGGUGGAGUUGAAUGACUCCAACCAUCUAAUUCUAAAAGAGGACGACAUCAUAGGUAUUCUGGAGACAGAUGAUGUGAAAGACAUGAAGCCUCUUGGUGACCGUGUUCUUAUCAAGGUAGCUGUAGCUGAAGAUAAAACUCCCGGUGGUCUCUUGCUUACCGAAACUGCUAAGGAGAAGCCAUCUAUCGGAACGGUCGUCGCUGUUGGACCAGGCCCUCUGGACGAGCAAGGCAAGAGGAUCGCGUUGCCGGUAUCUGCAGGUAGCUCCGUCCUGUACUCCAAGUACGCUGGUGCUGAAUUCAAGGGUGCUGACGGCACGAACUACAUCGUUUUGAGGGUAUCGGAUCUGAUGGCAGUCCUCUCCUGAGUUGGACUACCAGGUUCCCGCUUGCGCAGGCGCUGGCCGCAAUUUUCCGAUCGGAGAUGUUUCAAGGCGACUUGAACUACAUGAAGAGAAAAUGAAUCCCUUUUACUAGAGGUUUGCACCAAGCCAGGUUUUUGUCUGAUGUUCCAAUGCUCUUCCAUCCUUGUACCGCUCCCAAUGUUGUUGGUACGAUCUCUAUCAUACGAUUGUAGCAUCAAGAUUCAAACACGGAAAACAAACCUUGUUUCUAUAUAGCAAUAAAAAUUACGAUCUUCGAGGUGAUCUUACUAUUA